CUCACGAAAACGAGAUAAAUAUCUUGAGAAAACGAGAAAAAUUUCUCGUGUAAACGAGAUAAUAUCUCGUAACAAUAAGAUAUUAUCUUGUUCUCACGAGAGAUAUAAGAAGUACUUAUGUCACCUCAGCGCCACCAUAGUAAUGCACUCUUAACAUUAUACAGCGAUUUCAGUAUGUAGUUUUAUUCAGUGAAUAUGGAAUCUCUGAGAGGACAGGUGGCAAUUAUAACAGGUGCUAGUAGUGGUAUAGGUGAAGGCGUAGCAAUCAAGUUUGCUCAAUUAGGAUGUCGCCUGACUCUGUCUGGUAGAAGUACAGAAAAUUUACAACGUGUAAACGAUUUGUGCAAAGAGGCGGGCUUAAACCAAGAUCAAAUACUGAUCGUUCCUGGGGAUAUUACCAUUGGUGCUAAUAGACAAACGAUUGUACAGAAAACUGUGGAAAAGUUUGGAGAAAUCAACGUUCUUGUGAACAAUGCUGGUAUGAUUCAUUAUAAUACAAUUGGCGACGUUACCGAGGAAAAGUACGAUGAAUUAUUUAACUGUAAUGUCAAGUCACACGUCUUCUUAACGCAGCUUGCCAUCCCGCAUUUAAUUAAGUCUAAAGGUGCUAUUGUGAACACGUCAAGUAUUGGUAGUAAAAAAGCGAUGCCCGAGAUUGGGGUUCACUGUAUGGCAAAGGCUUCUGUAGACAUGUUCACCCAAUGUCUUGCUCUUGAAUUGGCUCCUCACGGUGUUAGAGUUAACUCCAUUAACCCUGGUACCAUUGUAAGUAAUAGUGCGCGGAGACCCUGGGGACCAUACCAAGACGAGGAAUUAUAUCAAAAGUUUUUAGAAAAACAGAAAUCCGCCCAUCCGUUAGGUCGUGUUGGUCAGCCGAGUGAUUGUGCCGAAUCAGUAGCUUUUCUUGCCUCACAAUCGUCAAGUUUUAUAACUGGUCAGAUUCUAUACCUAGAUGGUGGGAGACAUUGUGUAUCUGUUGGGGUGGCUACCUCUGUGAAAAAAUAGUCAGUGUUCAUAAAAUCAUAUGUAUUGAAAAACAAUUGUACGAAAAGAACUGAUGAAAAUGUAAUCAGAUGUACUUUCAUGUAUGCCCCUGCUUGUGUCAACCUUUUCUGUUUAUCUGUUUUAUACGAACAGGAAAGAAUAAAAUUCUUAAAAAAUG